AUGCGAAUAAAUGUGCAUUUAAAACACAGAAAAGGAACCACCAAAGCCCGAGUACUGAUCGACUCGGGAGCAGAAGGACUCCUUAUCGACAAACAAUUCUGCCUAAAUAACAACAUACCAACGCAGAAAAUCGACAAACCUAUCCCUGUGUUUAACUUAGAUGGAACAGCCAAUGACGGAGGAAAAAUCACCGACAAAGCUUGCGUACUUAUGAGGAUAACAAACGAGGAAGGCGACUAUCACAACGAACAAUGCGAACUACUGGCCGCUAAUCUAGGAGGCGAAAACGUGAUCCUGGGAACAGACUGGCUGCAUGAACACAACCCACAAAUUAACUGGGUAAAAAACAGUCUUACGUUUUCAAAUUGCGCCACCACGUGUCUAGUCAGCCGACCCAAGUUUACCAUACAAGCAUUAAUGCCUAUUCGGCAAAGGAAAAACAGAACGAUCGGGUAUUCCAGGAUAGAAGACAACCCGGAAGAAGACGAAAUCGAAGAUACCUUCUUUUCCGAAUUCUAUGAGGAAUGGUACUAUCAAAACCCACUAGAGAUACAUCCCCUUGAAGCAAUUCACAUCGGUUCCAUCGGAAACAAAUCGCAACAACUGGCAGAAAAGGCGAAUAAGGCAAAGACGGAACGACCUAUUGAGGAAAUUGUUCCGGCAUAUGUUCUCAAACGAUUCGCCAAAAUCUUCAGCCAAGAAGCUUCACAGCGACUCCCAGAACACUCACAAUGGGAUCAUAAAAUCGAUAUGAAACCAGGAUGGGAACCGACGGGAUGUAAACUAUACCCGUAA